UUUAUUGGUUUUGGUGACAGAGUGCGAAGGUUAAUCUCAUAAUGACGGAUUACUCCAUGCCGGGGAUGACAGGAUACGAAUUACUCAAGAAAAUCAAGCAGGAGUCUUCCGUGUUUAGAGAGAUUCCAGUGGUUAUCAUGUCGUCGGAGAAUGUAUUGACUCGAAUUGAUAGGUGCCUGGAGGAAGGAGCAGAGGAGUUUCUGUUGAAACCUGUAAAAUUGUCAGAUGUAAGACGCUUGAAAGAUUUCAUCAUGAAAGGGAAAGUGAAGGAUGUUGAAAAAAAAUCUCUCAAAAGAAUGAGGUCAACUGAUUGCAGUCCACCACUGUCUGCAACAUACUCACCCAUCUCUCUUCCAUGCGAUCCGUCACCAUUAUCCUCAAAGAAGGCUAGAUUGUGAUGUGAUCACAGAUUCACUACUGCCUGUCUCCAAUUUUGUCGACACCAGGUGUUAAUCUCAAAAGCUUGUGUUGUGUUUUUUGCAUUCGUUCACCAAUCCAUACCUUAGGAAUCAGAAAAGCAAGUGUGAGAAUCGAUAAUUUUUUGGCCAUUUGUUUGUCAUUUGGUCUUGCUCAUGUACAGUAGAAAAUCAUCAAUAUAUAUCGAAAUAGAGAGCUAUUCUG